AUGUCGCCAGAAGCACCAGAAAACUCCGAAAAAGAUACCAAUGUCCUAGUUACACCAAAGGUGGUGGAUUCUGAGUUGGAUAAGACCUCUAAUUCAAAUCGCGUGUAUAAGGGUAAGUUAUGCCUUUAUAUUUACAUUAUUUACACUAAUAUUUUAUCAGUGCAACCUACACUUCAAUAUGUCCACCCUUAUUGGCGUAUGGGACCCCUAUGAAAUAAGCCUCACCAAUACAGCGGCUAAAAAGAUUAUGGAGAAAAGAGGAAUGCAGGAUCCACCACGAAAUAUUGAGAAAACCCGCCAAAAUACCCUAAAAAAGCGUCCUCAUGCUGCGGCUCUUUUAGGUAAACUAAAAAGAGUGGUAGAAGAAGAUUUGAAGGAAAAUUCUCAAGAAGAUAACGUUUCCGGUUCGCCCAAGGUUUUAUCUUGGGUAGAAAGUACUCAUGUGGAUAUGGAGAACGAGGAAGAACGGAAAGUUACGGAAUUCAGUCUUAAAUUUGAAUUUACUAGUUCUACAUAA